AUGCUGACAAACCAGACAGCAAAACAGCACUACGACCAUAACAUAAUGCUGACAAACCAAGCAGCGCUUCAGAACUACGACAAUAGUAUAAUGCUGACAAACCCGACAACACAGCAGAACAACGACCAUAGUAUAAUGCUGACAAACCCGACAACACAACAGAACAACGACCAUAGUGUAAUGCUGACAAAUCCAGCAGCGCUUCAAAACUACGACCAGAGUAUGAUGCUGACAAACUCGAAAACACAGCAGAACAACGACCAUAACAUAAUGCUGACAAACCCAGCAGUGCUUCAAAACUACGACCAUAGUAUGAUGCUGACAAACCCGACAACGCAGCAGAACAACGACCAUAGUGUAAUGUUGACAAACCCAGCAGCGCUUAAGAAAUACGACCAGAGUAUGAUGCUGGCAAACCCAGAAGCGUACCAGAACAACGACUGUAUAAACAUGCAGAUAAAUCCAGAAUCGCAUCAGAACAACAACGAUAGUAUAAUGCUAACAAACUCAGCAGCGUAA